CAGAAAGAGAAAAAAAUAAAGGAGCUAUAGGACAAUGUUGCUGCUGUCAAUUUUACUCCAUCCAGCAAACUGGGGAAAAUGCUAAUGGCUAAAUGUAGAACAUUGCAAGAGGAAAAUGAAGAUAUUGGGGCGAUGGCAUCAGAAGGAAAAGCAUGUGUUCUUCCUGCCCCCAGGAGAUCUUUUUGUGGCAAUUAUGCCAGAGUCGUGAAUCAAAUUUUGCAAGGCCUGACCAAUAUGCAUUUGUGGAUCAGGUUGCCUCUGGAGAAUUCUAAGCCUAUGGAUGAUGAUCUUGAUAAAAUAAAGAAUAACAGCCACACGAGUGAAAUUAUAGACUCAUGGGAAUUAUGGAAUUCAUUCAGAUUGCUAUGUGACCAUAGUAGCCAACUAUGUGUGGUACUUGAUAUUUUGAGCACUCUGCCAUCAAUAAACUCAUUAGCAAGGUGGUUUGGAGAGCCUGUAAGGGCUGCUAUUCUGCAAACCGAGGCUUUUCUUACAAAUGCAAAAGGAUAUCCUUGUUUAUCAAAGCGCCAUCAUAGUCUGCUAACUGGAUUUUUUAAACAUUCUAUUCAGGUUUGUUAUUUUUAUUGCCUUCAUGCUUACGCGUAGUCAACAUUUCUAUUUUCAUAUCUUCAGAGUCAAUGAUCCAAUGUUGUGUGCUUCUUUUAACUUGUUUUUUUCUCAUAUAUAUGCACUUUUGUGCUUUAAUUGAGGUAACUGUGGCGAGCAUUGUUCUUGAGUUCUUUUUUGUUCUAUUUAGGUGAUAAUAUCUGGAAGAUCAAAUCACAAUGUCUUUUGUUCUACAGCCUUUUAAAUAGGUUAAACACAUUCGUAGGCUAAGGCAGAUGAUGCCCACUUCAUUCUAAUUCAAACAAUCUUUCUGGGAAGGAUUUUUUCCCUAGUUCACAGGGUAUUCACUUAUUCUGCUGACAACCUAACACCCCUGAGUUUUUUUCCUUCCAAGCUAGUACAAAAAUACUUUGCCCUCCUCCGUUACUCUUCGUAUACUCAUGGCCUUGACUUUCCUUCUGGUGCAGCCUCUAAUGGACAAUUUGGAAGUUCAAACUUAUGAGAUAUUUGAGAAGGAUGUUGUUAAGUACACUCAGGUUCCUGCUAUAUGAUGUGAAUAUGACUUUUGUUUUAUAAGUAGCUCCUUUUUUCACAUUUAUUUUGAAUAAUAUGAAUGCAAAAUUUAAAAUCUGAAUUGAACUUCUUAACUAUUUCCACCAUGAUUUCAUUAAGCAUCACAUUAUAUGGCUGUUCUUGAAAUAUUAGUUCCCUUGAACGAGCUGAUGAACCUCAUUUGGCAAAAGAAAACAAAUAUUGUAUGAAACCCACAAAUCAUAGACACAGAUGGUCCCACCAGUCAUAGACAUAGGAUGGCAUAAUAACAGAAACCCAAAACUGAGAGUGGCAAAAUUACAAAUUUCUCUUACAUCUUGUGAGCAGUAUCGAAGAGCAGUUGCUAAGGCCUUGGUUGAUAGGGUUGCUGAUGAUGCAGUCUCCACAACUAGGACAGUGCUGAUGGUUGUGGGAGCAGGACGGGGACCUCUAGUAUGAGCAUCGUUGCAG